CCUUGCUUCGAAAACCAACAACUAGAACGCUGCCAGUUUCCGGUCUUCUGAAGCGGAAAUACUAGUGCUAGCAAGUAGUCGGCUCUGUGGGGUUUUCGCUGGUGUUUUUAAGUAAUUCGUAAGAAUAAUCCUUGGGGAUGAAGGAGCUAAAGGAAGAAGAGGGACGCAGGAAACGCAGAUCGCAAAGCUCUGAGAUGGUACGGAUAAAGGAGGAAAGGAUUAGCCCUGUCAGGGGACACAGACACCGUCAAAGUCCCAGCGAAUCUCCCCAGGAACAUCAUAAAGGUCGCAGGAGAAGCAGAUCACCAUCAAAACGAAAAAACAAGUCUAACAAACGGAGCAAAUCCCCUAAAAGAAAGAAGCAUCAGAGCAAUAGCAGGAGUCCUUCUUCUCCCAUAGCAGUUAAAAUAAAACAGGAAAAAGAUGAACACUCACGCAAGGCAUAUGACGACAGACAACCUAGGGACAGAUGGGAAGAGGAACACCGAAGGGACCGGCACAGGGAUCACACAGACAGAGAUCGUGAUAAUCAAAGACACAGAAACAGAGACCGAGAGGAAGAGCAGCUUAGACAACAGAGAGAAGAGAGGGAAUUUAAUGAUCACCGCAGGAGAGAGAAGCGUCAGCGUAAUGAGGAAGGAGGCGGAGAAUCCGAGAAUAAUGAAACAAAUGAUUCUAAUACCCAGGAGCCAGCUAAUAAAGAGAAACCCAACUUUGCGUUAUCUGGGGCAUUGCUUGAAGAUACAAACACUUUUAGAGGUGUUGUAAUAAAAUACAGUGAACCGCCAGAAGCACGCACUCCAAAGAAACGCUGGCGCCUCUAUCCUUUUAAGAAUGAUGAGGUACUUCCUGUAAUGUACAUUCAUCGGCAGAGUGCAUAUCUCCUAGGCAGACAACGGCGUAUUGCGGACAUACCAAUAGAUCAUCCAUCUUGUUCAAAACAGCAUGCUGUAUUACAGUAUAGAAUGGUUUCUUUUACUCGUGCCAAUGGGACACCUGGAAGGCGAGUGAGGCCUUAUAUUAUAGACCUUGGUUCUGGGAAUGGCACCUACCUGAAUAACCAACGUAUUGAUCCCCAGAGGUACUAUGAGCUAAAGGAAAAAGAUGUGCUUAAAUUUGGGUUCAGUACUAGGGAAUAUGUGGUCCUUCAUGAAACUUCUGAUACUUCUGAAGUGGACAAGAAACAGGAUGAAGAGGAUGAGAUAGACGACGAAGAGGAGGAGGAGGAGGAAACAGACAGCUAGCAAGCUGAAAACAAUAUUUGAAAAGACUUCAUAAAAUAUUUUCCAAAAAAGCCAGAAUGUUUUCAUCUUGAUGAGAUCUGUAUUGCUGGCCUUUCUCAGAGAAAAUUAACUUGAAUUAAUUGCAUAAACAGCGGAUUUUUACAGAUGUUUCCUCAGUACAAGUGGUAUAUAUUAUUUUUUUUUAUUUUUUAAAUUGGAAUUCCACUUAGUAUUAAAGUGAACUAAUGAUAACGAUAGACUUGGCUUUGACUGGUUUAUGCAAUACUUUCCUGUAUUUCAUAUAUAUGGAUUUUCAUGAGUUAUUUGAGGCUGGGCAUUAAGUAGUUUUCAAAAGUCUGAUUCUUUGUGAGUGAAUUUCUGUGGCAUCUAAUUUAUCUGCUGAAUUUAUAUUUACAUAUUUCUGAGUCACAAAAAUAGUUCACCUGCCAAAGUAGUACUAAAUGUAAUGGUUUUAAGUUUUGCUGUUUUGUAUAUUAUGUAUAUAUUUUUGAUGUCCAGCCUGUAAGCUUCACUAUUUGGUGAGUACAUUCCCUAUGUGCUGUAUAUUUAACCACCAUAUAGAAAUUUUUAUAUUUCGUUAGAUUUUUUUUUUUUUUAAUAAGCCAUGUCAUAGUGAAAACUAAAAAUGAGUAAAAUCAACCCUUAAACUUAACAGUUCAUAAAGAGGCUGAAAAUAAAGACUGAAUACACAUGUUCUUGUAAUAUAUUUAUAUAUUGGCUACAUAUACAGAAUUCAUGAACAAAUGUUCUGUAUACACUCCCGCCUUUUUCUUUUUUUAACACCUGAAAAGGUUGGGGCAUUCGCUGAGGUAUUUGUGAAUGUAUUUGGUCUCUGUGUAUUGUAAAAUAAACAGUCUAUUAUAUUAGAA